AUGGCACAGGGUACUCCAUCUUUAGGUAAGAAACACGUCAAAUCCCACACUUUGUGCAAGAGAUGUGGUAAGAGAUCCUUUCACAACCAAAAGAAGACCUGUGCUUCUUGUGGUUACCCAGCUGCCAAGAUGAGAAAGUUCAACUGGGCUGCUAAGGCUAAGAGAAGAAGAACUACCGGUUCCGGUAGAAUGACCCACUUGAAAUACGUUUCCAGAAAGUUCAAGAACGGUUUCCAAUCUGAAAACUAAUUUUUUUCAAAGUUUAUUAUUAAUUAAAAUCGUAUAGUACUUUUAGAUAUAACUUUAAAAAAAUUUGCAAAUCUGCUUUUGUGGUAUAUUAUAUCAAACUUCCAUGAU